AUGGACGAAUGUAACAAUUCAUUCGAGUUGAACAAGUCGAUCGUGAUUCUAUUGACAAGUACUACUACUACUACUACUACUACUACUACUACUACUACUACUACUACUACUACUACUACUACUACUACUACUACUACUACUACUACUACUACUACUACUACUACUACUACUACUACUACUACUACUACUACUACUACUACUACUACUACUACUACUACUACUACUACUACUACUACUACUACUACUACUACUACUACUACUACUACUACUACUACUACUACUACUACUACUACUACUACUACUACUACUACUACUACUACUACUACUACUACUACUACUACUACUACUACUACUACUACUACUACUACUACUACUACUACUACUACUACUACUACUACUACUACUACUACUACUACUACUACUACUACUACUACUACUACUACUACUACUACUACUACUACUACUACUACUACUACUACUACUACUACUACUACUACUACUACUACUACUACUACUACUACUACUACUACUACUACUACUACUACUACUACUACUACUACUACUACUACUACUACUACUACUACUACUACUACUACUACUACUACUACUACUACUACUACUACUACUACUACUACUACUACUACUACUACUACUACUACUACUACUACUACUACUACUACUACUACUACUACUACUACUACUACUACUACUACUACUACUACUACUACUACUACUACUACUACUACUACUACUACUACUACUACUACUACUACUACUACUACUACUACUACUACUACUACUACUACUACUACUACUACUACUACUACUACUACUACUACUACUACUACUACUACUACUACUACUACUACUACUACUACUACUACUACUACUACUACUACUACUACUACUACUACUACUACUACUACUACUACUACUACUACUACUACUACUACUACUACUACUACUACUACUACUACUACUACUACUACUACUACUACUACUACUACUACUACUACUACUACUACUACUACUACUACUACUACUACUACUACUACUACUACUACUACUACUACUACUACUACUACUACUACUACUACUACUACUACUACUACUACUACUACUACUACUACUACUACUACUACUACUACUACUACUACUACUACUACUACUACUACUACUACUACUACUACUACUACUACUACUACUACUACUACUACUACUACUACUACUACUACUACUACUACUACUACUACUACUACUACUACUACUACUACUACUACUACUACUACUACUACUACUACUACUACUACUACUACUACUACUACUACUACUACUACUACUACUACUACUACUACUACUACUACUACUACUACUACUACUACUACUACUACUACUACUACUACUACUACUACUACUACUACUACUACUACUACUACUACUACUACUACUACUACUACUACUACUACUACUACUACUACUACUACUACUACUACUACUACUACUACUACUACUACUACUACUACUACUACUACUACUACUACUACUACUACUACUACUACUACUACUACUACUACUACUACUACUACUACUACUACUACUACUACUACUACUACUACUACUACUACUACUACUACUACUACUACUACUACUACUACUACUACUACUACUACUACUACUACUACUACUACUACUACUACUACUACUACUACUACUACUACUACUACUACUACUACUACUACUACUACUACUACUACUACUACUACUACUACUACUACUACUACUACUACUACUACUACUACUACUACUACUACUACUACUACUACUACUACUACUACUACUACUACUACUACUACUACUACUACUACUACUACUACUACUACUACUACUACUACUACUACUACUACUACUACUACUACUACUACUACUACUACUACUACUACUACUACUACUACUACUACUACUACUACUACUACUACUACUACUACUACUACUACUACUACUACUACUACUACUACUACUACUACUACUACUACUACUACUACUACUACUACUACUACUACUACUACUACUACUACUACUACUACUACUACUACUACUACUACUACUACUACUACUACUACUACUACUACUACUACUACUACUACUACUACUACUACUACUACUACUACUACUACUACUACUACUACUACUACUACUACUACUACUACUACUACUACUACUACUACUACUACUACUACUACUACUACUACUACUACUACUACUACUACUACUACUACUACUACUACUACUACUACUACUACUACUACUACUACUACUACUACUACUACUACUACUACUACUACUACUACUACUACUACUACUACUACUACUACUACUACUACUACUACUACUACUACUACUACUACUACUACUACUACUACUACUACUACUACUACUACUACUACUACUACUACUACUACUACUACUACUACUACUACUACUACUACUACUACUACUACUACUACUACUACUACUACUACUACUACUACUACUACUACUACUACUACUACUACUACUACUACUACUACUACUACUACUACUACUACUACUACUACUACUACUACUACUACUACUACUACUACUACUACUACUACUACUACUACUACUACUACUACUACUACUACUACUACUACUACUACUACUACUACUACUACUACUACUACUACUACUACUACUACUACUACUACUACUACUACUACUACUACUACUACUACUACUACUACUACUACUACUACUACUACUACUACUACUACUACUACUACUACUACUACUACUACUACUACUACUACUACUACUACUACUACUACUACUACUACUACUACUACUACUACUACUACUACUACUACUACUACUACUACUACUACUACUACUACUACUACUACUACUACUACUACUACUACUACUACUACUACUACUACUACUACUACUACUACUACUACUACUACUACUACUACUACUACUACUACUACUACUACUACUACUACUACUACUACUACUACUACUACUACUACUACUACUACUACUACUACUACUACUACUACUACUACUACUACUACUACUACUACUACUACUACUACUACUACUACUACUACUACUACUACUACUACUACUACUACUACUACUACUACUACUACUACUACUACUACUACUACUACUACUACUACUACUACUACUACUACUACUACUACUACUACUACUACUACUACUACUACUACUACUACUACUACUACUACUACUACUACUACUACUACUACUACUACUACUACUACUACUACUACUACUACUACUACUACUACUACUACUACUACUACUACUACUACUACUACUACUACUACUACUACUACUACUACUACUACUACUACUACUACUACUACUACUACUACUACUACUACUACUACUACUACUACUACUACUACUACUACUACUACUACUACUACUACUACUACUACUACUACUACUACUACUACUACUACUACUACUACUACUACUACUACUACUACUACUACUACUACUACUACUACUACUACUACUACUACUACUACUACUACUACUACUACUACUACUACUACUACUACUACUACUACUACUACUACUACUACUACUACUACUACUACUACUACUACUACUACUACUACUACUACUACUACUACUACUACUACUACUACUACUACUACUACUACUACUACUACUACUACUACUACUACUACUACUACUACUACUACUACUACUACUACUACUACUACUACUACUACUACUACUACUACUACUACUACUACUACUACUACUACUACUACUACUACUACUACUACUACUACUACUACUACUACUACUACUACUACUACUACUACUACUACUACUACUACUACUACUACUACUACUACUACUACUACUACUACUACUACUACUACUACUACUACUACUACUACUACUACUACUACUACUACUACUACUACUACUACUACUACUACUACUACUACUACUACUACUACUACUACUACUACUACUACUACUACUACUACUACUACUACUACUACUACUACUACUACUACUACUACUACUACUACUACUACUACUACUACUACUACUACUACUACUACUACUACUACUACUACUACUACUACUACUACUACUACUACUACUACUACUACUACUACUACUACUACUACUACUACUACUACUACUACUACUACUACUACUACUACUACUACUACUACUACUACUACUACUACUACUACUACUACUACUACUACUACUACUACUACUACUACUACUACUACUACUACUACUACUACUACUACUACUACUACUACUACUACUACUACUACUACUACUACUACUACUACUACUACUACUACUACUACUACUACUACUACUACUACUACUACUACUACUACUACUACUACUACUACUACUACUACUACUACUACUACUACUACUACUACUACUACUACUACUACUACUACUACUACUACUACUACUACUACUACUACUACUACUACUACUACUACUACUACUACUACUACUACUACUACUACUACUACUACUACUACUACUACUACUACUACUACUACUACUACUACUACUACUACUACUACUACUACUACUACUACUACUACUACUACUACUACUACUACUACUACUACUACUACUACUACUACUACUACUACUACUACUACUACUACUACUACUACUACUACUACUACUACUACUACUACUACUACUACUACUACUACUACUACUACUACUACUACUACUACUACUACUACUACUACUACUACUACUACUACUACUACUACUACUACUACUACUACUACUACUACUACUACUACUACUACUACUACUACUACUACUACUACUACUACUACUACUACUACUACUACUACUACUACUACUACUACUACUACUACUACUACUACUACUACUACUACUACUACUACUACUACUACUACUACUACUACUACUACUACUACUACUACUACUACUACUACUACUACUACUACUACUACUACUACUACUACUACUACUACUACUACUACUACUACUACUACUACUACUACUACUACUACUACUACUACUACUACUACUACUACUACUACUACUACUACUACUACUACUACUACUACUACUACUACUACUACUACUACUACUACUACUACUACUACUACUACUACUACUACUACUACUACUACUACUACUACUACUACUACUACUACUACUACUACUACUACUACUACUACUACUACUACUACUACUACUACUACUACUACUACUACUACUACUACUACUACUACUACUACUACUACUACUACUACUACUACUACUACUACUACUACUACUACUACUACUACUACUACUACUACUACUACUACUACUACUACUACUACUACUACUACUACUACUACUACUACUACUACUACUACUACUACUACUACUACUACUACUACUACUACUACUACUACUACUACUACUACUACUACUACUACUACUACUACUACUACUACUACUACUACUACUACUACUACUACUACUACUACUACUACUACUACUACUACUACUACUACUACUACUACUACUACUACUACUACUACUACUACUACUACUACUACUACUACUACUACUACUACUACUACUACUACUACUACUACUACUACUACUACUACUACUACUACUACUACUACUACUACUACUACUACUACUACUACUACUACUACUACUACUACUACUACUACUACUACUACUACUACUACUACUACUACUACUACUACUACUACUACUACUACUACUACUACUACUACUACUACUACUACUACUACUACUACUACUACUACUACUACUACUACUACUACUACUACUACUACUACUACUACUACUACUACUACUACUACUACUACUACUACUACUACUACUACUACUACUACUACUACUACUACUACUACUACUACUACUACUACUACUACUACUACUACUACUACUACUACUACUACUACUACUACUACUACUACUACUACUACUACUACUACUACUACUACUACUACUACUACUACUACUACUACUACUACUAACACCAUCACCACCACCACUGAGAUUAAAACAACUGGUGUAGCAGAAGCGGGAAAUCAAUUAAUUGAAAACUUUAUUCUUACUAAUUCGAAAACUACUACUGAUGAUUAUGAUAAUAGUAGUAGUAUACAAAGUAAAUUAUAUAAAGAUAUGAAUUCUUAUUUAAGUAUUAAAGAAUAUUCUGGUAACUAUGGUGAUAUACCAUCACCUUGUACAAUGUAUCAUACAGGACCUGAAUUACAUCAUAUGAAUCAAUUGCAUAAUUCAUUACAUAAAGAUUGGAUUUAUUCAUUAUUUCGUGAUUGUAUUUAUGUAUCAAAAUGUUUGAAAAAUGAAAUCAUAAUAAUCAAUGAAGAAGAAAUUCAAUAUUAA